ACUGGAGAUGGUGGUGAGACAGUUACCUUGGACUUGCUGCUGCUGGCUAGGGUUUUUCCUCUGGCUUUUGAUUGGACAAGGAUGCUUUGGCAUUGAGCUUUGUCGGAGCCCACCGUGCAGCAGCAGUGGCAGCGAGAGCGAACAUCAGCCCAGCGUCAGACAACAGUGCCAGGGCCCCCGUUGCUCAGGCAGAGCGAGCCGCCCGUCCCGAGCUUUUGUUCACACGACUGUGCGCGGGCAGCCACACAGCAAGCAGCAGUUCCCUGUGCUCCAGCAGCAGCAACAGCAACAGCAGCCCUUAGCAGAGAGUAGCCUGGGACACAGUGCUGUGGUUACGAGGGUUGCAGGGGAAAGUUGCUCUGGAGGAGGAGACUGCACCACCCGAACUCCCAAUGGCACUCUCCGGGACUGCAAGGGCAUCGAGUGUCACCUGCCCCUGCGGAUUCGCCAGAAGCCCCGGCCAGCCAGUCAGACUGUCCUGUGCCCCUCAAACCAGGGCGAAGGAUGUCCUGAGCCUGCCCUGGUCAAACUAACAGAGAGGGCAGCCCAGUUCAUUGGAGAGGAUCUUGCCUACACAGCUUCAGAACUGGGGGGUGCCACUCUGGGUGUUCAGCUUACCUGUGAUGUCAAACCAGGGGAAAAUGAGGUUCCCUCUGAAGAUGCACUGAUACUACAGCUCCAGCUGACAAAAGGACAGGAGAAAUUCAUUGAAAUGCUAAAAAGCCAGCAGAUGGUAAUUGUGGAUUUACAGCAAAAACUCACAGAGCAGCAAAACACAUUGGCUGCUCAGCAGCGGGAAAUCAUUGAACAACAAAGGAAAAUGUAUGAGCAAAUGGAUCUGAUAAAGGUCCAGUACGGCAUGCUGUUUGACACAGUGAAGCAAAUGUCAUUUCAGAGUCUGCAAGAGGACAUUCAGCAUUAUUUCCAAGCGAACCUCCAAGGCCUCCAGAACCAAGUCAGAAAUCACCUUCAUAAGUCAUAUUCUGGGCAUAAAGUAGAGGUUGAAGCAAAAGUGAUUAAUAUUGGGGAGCCUUUGCUGGACUGCGGCCUUUGUGAAAGUGACGAAUUUUGCAAUUUCCAGAAGACACCCGCACAGUGUGACAAAUGCACCUUGUGCCCUGCUGGCUUUUUUCAACUCUCUGAAUGUUCUGCAAAUGCUGAUCGGAUGUGCCAGGAUAGAGAUGAAUGCAUUGAAUCACCAAGCAUCUGCGGAGAGAGGAUAAAAUGCCUGAAUACUCCAGGAGGUUUCCGAUGCCUUGGAAUUGCGGAAAAAGAUGCUGCCUUGGGACUGUGUGGACAGGAGUACUUUUUUAACAAAGAGCUGCAGGAGUGUCAGGCUUGUCUCGUGUGUGAAGAUGAAGUGGUUGCUUUCCCUUGUUCCACAGUCAGCGAUACGGUUUGUUCAACAGGCAAUGAAAACAAGCUUUCUGAGGCAUGGACUGCAAACAUUGUCUUACCUUUGCCCAAAUCUGGCACCUCUCAAGUCUAUCCUGGUUUCAACUUGAAGAUAAAGGGAAAGCAAGCGUGUGAAAUAGUCACAGUUGAAGAGAACAGCCUGCUUUUCAAGCAGCACGGCUUGAUGUGGGCUGACCUCAAUUUUGCUGUGAAACACAAUUGUAGAAACUUUCUCCAGCUUUCCUUAAAAUUCAACAACAGCGAGGAAGGCUAUGAGCUCAGUGGCAUUCGUAUAGAACAGCCAGAAGGGAAAAUCUUCCAGAGUAUCAGUGUCAGUAGUGCUGCAGAGGUGGAACCAGGCCAGACCCUUUCAGUAUUUUUAAAGAGCCCAAAUCAAUUCUGCAAUCAAAGCAAAGACCUAAAUGUUUAUGAGCUCAACACACCCCUCAGUUUGUUUUGGCUGUCCCAUGAUACAGGGGCAGUGGCCAUGACGGCUCAAAUGUCAACCGCAAUGCACUACCAAACGAACUAUCGGCCAACGUUCAAAUUAACUUCCCUGUCUGACCCUUACAUGUUGACACUGGCCCAUGAUGGCAGGGCCAUAAAGUUUACUGAAACAGGAGUUGUGAAGUUUGUUUUCCAUCAAGCCUUGUAUUCCAUGGGUCAUACUUGUGUCCGAGAAGGUUUCUCUGUGAUUGUUUACCUCAACAGAAAUGGAACCAAUACAGAACUAAUGACAGUGCAUAAGUCUGGUGUCAAUUACAGAGACACAUCAGUCUCGGCUUCUGGGGCCACCAAAGCUGGAGCUGGGGAUCUGAUUAGCUUUGAGAUCCUUUCCCCAGCCCAGUGCAAUGUUCGUUAUUUUGGAGACAGUUCUGGAAUUAGUGUGCUUAGCCUCAUCUGGAUUCCGUCUGCAGUUUCCACUGCUCUUUCUGCCUUGGUGUCCAUUACGGGACUGCCUACAGGAGCUGUUAGAAACAAGUUACUGGAUUUCACUCAGGUCUCAUCUGAUGAGAAACAGAUACAGCUGGUUUCCACUGGCCAACAUGCUCAGAAAUACUUUGUAUUUACUGAAAAGGGUGUGGCCAGCAUUGCAUUUAAUUUGAAGUUGAUCCACUCAUGUAACAUGCUCAGAGUGACUCUUAACCAGCUUAGCAGUGGUCAUGUGCAGCCCACAGCCAUUGCUCAGCAAGUUGGAGGCCAAAUGCCAGAAGGAAGCAUCUGGACUAGUGUUUCUCUUCGCACGUCUUUUGAAGUUUGCAAUGGCACAAUGAUAUCUAUUUCUCUUGACUGUGUGCGUGGCAGGAUCAACCACAUUGCUCAUGAGCAUGGAACCAGCUUAUCUAUUUUAUGGAUUUCAUCUUAGCUAUCCUGGAAGAUAAUUAAAACUUGCCACCUUUCAUCUUGACUUUCAUUUCUUAUCUGCCAACCCAAAAAGUUUUGUGAAACAUUUCCAGCUGCAG